AUGCACGCACAAGCGUCAUCGCAGAUCGACAUGACGUACAUUACAUCGGUUUGGGUCCUUGACCUACUGGCAGUAGUUAGCCUCGUAGCUGGGCAAGAUCCAAGAACGAGAAACCAGGCACCGCUUAAACCUGCCGCCGUAGAAACAGAUGCAGCUAGAAUAGCAAGGCAAGUAAAUUCAGCGCCAGCAUUUCUCAACGCUCAAAGAGGACAACUAGAUGACAUCGGUAUUAAUGGAUUUCAAAAAGUGCACUCUCUAUCAAUUGAUGGCUCCGAUUCUCUCGGAACUGGCUUUAGUUCUCUAAACCUAAAAUCGAGCGAUAUACCCGAUAUAACAAAGUCAGCAAUAAGGAGGAGUCAUCAUGGUGGGCACCACGACCACGGACAUCACCAUGAUCACCAUCACGGUCACCAUCACGAAGCUCACCACGGCCAUCAUCAUGGACAUGAACAUCAUGCUAAACAUGAUCAUAAGCAUGGACACCACCAUGAUCAUGGCCAUCAUCAUGGUCAUCACCAUGAUCACCAGCACGGACAUGACCAUAAAGCUGAUCAUAACCAUCAUCAUGGUCACAAGCAUCAUCACGGACAUCAUCACAAACACGAUCAUGGUCAGGAUCACAAGCAUGGGCAUCACCAAGAUCAUAAGCACCAUCAUGGCCACGAACACCAUCACGGUCAUGAACACAAGCAUAGUCACAAACAUGGACACAAGCACGGACAUCACCAUGGCCACCACCACGGUCACCAUCACGAACAUCAUUCUAAACACGAGCAUCAUGAAGAGCACAGGCAUCACGGAGAACACCAUCAUCACCAUAAACAUGCCCACCAUAACGAACACCAUCAUCACCAUGAUCACCAUCACGUCAACGAACAUCACCAUCACCACGCGCACAAGGAAAAAGAAACUCAUCAUCAUCAUCACGGGCAUGAGCACCAUGAAGGCCAUAAGCACGAACACAAGCAAGACCAUCAUCACGGCCAUCAUCAUGGUCACAAACAUGGACACCAUGAGGAACAUAAGCAUGGUCAUCAUGAGGAUCAUCAUCACCAUCACGGACACGAACAUAAACAUGGACAUCAUGAGGAUCAUAAACACGGGCAUCAUGAAGAUCAUCAUCACAAGCAUGGUCACGAACACAAACAUGGUCAUCACGAGGAACACAAACAUGGGCAUCACGAAGAUCAUAAGCACGAUCAUCAUGAAGACCAUCAUCACAAGCACGGACAUCAUCACAAACAUGGACAUCACGAGGAACAUCACCAUGGACAUCAUCAAGAACACCAUCAUGGACAUCAUGAGGAACACAAACAUCAUCAUCACGAGGAUCACAAACAUGGUCACCAUCACGAAGAAGAACACAAUCAUGGACAUGGUCAUGAGCACCACCAUGAUCAUCAUGAGCAUCACAAACAUCACGAAGAUCACAAGCAUCAUGAAGAUCAUCACCAUGGACAUGAUCAUCAUCAUGGUCACAAACAUCAUCAUGACGAUCAUCACAAGCACAAGCACGAUGAAGAUCAUCAUCAGAAACAUCACGAAGAUCAUCACCAUUUUGCUUCUGAAAAACACACUCAUCAUUCUCACGGUCAUAAGGCUCUUGGACAUAAUUUUGGUGGAGUACAUAAUCUCGACGAAUACAUUUUCCCAGAGGAGAGUGCUCCACUCGGAGCGAAAGCACCCAUUCCUGGCCUUAAAAUUGAAAAAGAAGCUGCAGUUAACGAAAGCACAAGCCCCUUCACCAUACAAAUAUAA